AAGUUCAGGUAUCUCACAUUGUUGCAUCUAAUCAAUGGCCGGGGAUGGUGUAAAGCCUAUUGCUUCUCUUCUUCUAGUCCUCAACUUCUGCAUGUAUGCCAUAGUGGCAACCAUUUCAGGUUGGGCCCUCGACGUUGCCAUCCAUCGGGGUUUCACCAUAGGACCGGGAUUUGAAGUUCCAGCUCACUUCUCGCCGAUAUUCUUUCCAAUUGGGAAUGGCGCGACCGGUUUUAUGGUGAUAUUUGCACUGGUAGCUGGAGUUGUUGGUGCAGCUACAGCCAUCGCCGGAGUCGACCACAUCCGCUCCUGGAACUAUGAUAGCUUGCCAUCGGCAGUAUCUUCUGGUAUUGCAGCAUGGGCUCUUACUUUACUUGCAAUGGGUUUGGCAUGCAAAGAGAUUGAAUUGGAGGGGAGAAAUGCUCGGCUGAGAACCAUAGAGGCUUUCUUAAUCAUUCUUUCAGCAACACAGCUCAUAUACAUUCUUGUCAUACAUGGAGCAAGAACAAGGGCUUGAAAGCUGAAACUGUUUGGACUGAAGGUUUCUUCAUCAUCAUUUUUUCUCAUCGAAUUCUCCAGACCUCCUUUAUGCAUUCCAAGUGAGGUCAGAGAUUAUUGGCUUGUGCUGUGUGAUUAAGCAUGAAUACUCAAGGCUUGGGCUUGAUGUUGUUGGAGUGACUUUAGUAUGGAUGUGUCCUAGUAAAUGUGCAAAAGAUAUAUCAUUAUUUAAAUGUUCGACAGAUA